AUGGACCAGAAAAAUGGAAGUGCUUUUACUGGGUUCAUCCUAUUGGGGUUUUGCGACAGGCCUCAAUUGGAACUAGUCCUUCUUGUGGUUAUUUUUUUCUUCUAUAUCUUUAUUUUGCUUGGAAACACAACUAUCAUUGCAUUGUCCUAUCUAGACCCUGUUCUCCAUACCCCAAUGUACUUUUUCCUCUCCAACCUAAGCUUCCUGGACAUAUGUUAUACCACCAGCACUGUCCCCCAGUUCCUGGUAAAUCUCAGUGGAGCUGACAAGUCUAUUUCCUUUGCUGGCUGUGUGGCUCAGUUGUUUGUGUCUCUAGGAUUGGGAUGCACCGAGUGUCUCCUUCUCGGAGUCAUGGCGUUUGACCGCUAUGCUGCUGUGUGUAGGCCCCUCCACUACACUGUCAUCAUGCACCCCCGUCUCUGCUCCCUGAUGGCUUCAGCUUCAUGGCUCAUUGGUUUUACCAACUCCUUAGUGCAGACUCUGCUCACUUUCCUUGUACCACUUUGUGGAAGAAACAAAUUAGACCACUUCUUUUGUGAGAUCCCUGCAUUGCUCAAGCUCGCCUGUGUUGACACCAGAAGUACAGAGUCUGAGAUGUUCUUUGCCAGUGUCAUUAUUCUUCUUGGACCCGUUUCAUUAAUCCUAUUUUCCUAUGGUCGCAUCGUGAGGGCCAUCUUGAGAAUCAAGUCAGCAGCCGGGCAGAGAAAAGCCUUUGGGACAUGUGGCUCCCACCUCAUCGUGGUAUCUUUAUUCUAUGGAACAGCCAUCUAUGCUUAUCUCCAGCCCAGCAACAACUACUCUCAGGACCGGGGCAAGUUCACAUCUCUCUUUUAUGGCGUUGUCACUCCCAUGAUGAAUCCCCUGAUCUAUACAUUGAGGAACAAGGAUGUGAAGGGAGCAAUGAGGAAAGUAAUGCCUAAAGUCUUUGGAUGUAAGAUCUGA